AUGGAGAGGGCGGCCCAGGGCGCGGACAGCGGCGGGGGCAGCAACAGCAGCAGCCGAAGCAGCAGCCGCGCCACCUCGGCGGGCUCCUCGCCCUCCUGCUCCCUGGCUGGCCGGGGGGUCUCCGGCAGGUCGGCGGCCGCCGGGCUCGGAGGCGGGGGCAGCCGCAGCAGCCCGGGCUCGGUAGCCGCAAGCCCGUGCGGGGGCAGCGGCCGGCGGAGGGAGCCGGCGCUCGAGGGCGUGCUCAGCAAAUACACCAACCUCCUCCAGGGCUGGCAGAACAGGUACUUCGUGCUGGAUUUCGAGGCUGGCAUCCUGCAGUAUUUUGUGAAUGAGCAGAGCAAGCACCAGAAGCCUCGAGGGGCCCUGUCUCUUUCUGGUGCCAUCGUGUCCCUGAGCGACGAAGCGCCCCACAUGCUGGUUGUGUACGCUGCCAACGGGGAGAUGUACAAACUGAGAGCUGCUGAUGCAAAAGAGAAACAGUUCUGGGUGACUCAGCUCCGAGCUUGUGCCAAAUACCACAUGGAGACGAAUUCGAAGACAACUCCAAGCUCCCGAAGCCGAAGUCUCACUUUGCUCCCCCAUGGAACAUCCAAUUCUGCGUCUCCCUGUAGCCAGAGACACCUCAGCUCCGGGGCCCCUGGUGUCGUCACAAUCACGCAUCACAAGUCGCCUGCCGCCGCCCGAAGAGCCAAGAGUCAGUAUUCCGGCCAGCUUCACGAAGUCAGAGAGAUGAUGACCCAGGUGGAGGGGCAGCAGAAGAACCUGGUGCACGCCAUCGAGUCUCUCCCGGGGUCUGGUCCCCUCACUGCCUUGGACCAGGACUUACUGCUCCUGAAAGCUACCUCUGCGGCCACCCUCAGCUGCCUCGGGGAGUGCCUGAGCCUGCUCCAGCAGAGCCUGCACCACGCCGGCCAGCCCAGCCGCAGGCCGGGGGCCUCGGAAAGCAUCCUGGGAUGGCAUGGGCCCAAGUCACACUCCACGGAGCAGCUGAAAAAUGGGACACUUGGCUCCUUGCCAUCAGCCAGCGCCAGCAUCACCUGGGCCAUUUUACCCAACUCCACGGAGGACGAGCAAACCUUCCCGCCAGAGCCAGAGCCAGAGCCCAAUUCAGGCCCUGAAUUGGUUUUGUCCGAAGAUGAGAAAAGCGACACUGAAGAUCAGGAAGAGACAGAACUGGGCGUCAUGGAGGACCAGCGCAGUGUGAUCCUUCACCUCAUUUCUCAGCUCAAACUUGGGAUGGAUCUGACCAAGGUGGUGCUCCCCACGUUCAUUCUGGAGAAGCGGUCCUUGCUGGAGAUGUACGCUGACUUCCUGGCACACCCCGACCUGCUGCUGGCCGUCACCGCGGGGGCCACGCCCCAGGACCGGGUCAUCGGCUUCGUGGAGUAUUACCUCACCGCCUUCCACGAGGGCCGCAAGGGUGCCCUGGCCAAGAAGCCCUACAACCCCAUCAUUGGCGAGACGUUCCACUGCUCCUGGGAGGUUCCCAAGGACAAGGUCAAGGCCAGGAGGACUGCCCCCCCUGCCCCUGUGGGCCACGAGCACCCGAUGGCCGACGACUCUUCCAAGAACUACAAGCUGCGGUUUGUGGCCGAGCAGGUGUCUCACCACCCGCCCAUCUCCUGCUUCUACUGUGAGUGCAAGGAGAAGAGACUGUGUGUCAACACUCACGUGUGGACCAAAAGCAAGUUCAUGGGCAUGUCCGUGGGGGUCUCAAUGAUCGGGGAAGGUGUGCUGCGGCUCCUGGAGCACGGGGAGGAGUAUGUGUUCACCCUGCCCAGCGCCUACGCCCGGUCCAUCCUCACCAUCCCAUGGGUGGAGCUCGGAGGCAAAGUCAGCAUCACCUGCGCCAAGACCGGCUACUCGGCCACCGUCACCUUCCACACGAAGCCUUUCUACGGGGGCAAGGUCCACAGGGUCACAGCAGAAGUGAAGCAUACCCCCACCAACACCAUCGUGUGCAAAGCCCACGGGGAGUGGAACGGGACCCUGGAGUUCACCUACAACAACGGGGAGACCAAGGUCAUCGACACGACCACACUGCCCGUGUACCCCAAGAAGAUCCGCCCCCUGGAGAAGCAGGGCCCCAUGGAGUCCAGGAACCUCUGGCGGGAGGUGACCCAGUGCCUGCGCCUAGGGGACAUGGAGGCGGCCACCGAGCAGAAGCGGCGGCUUGAGGAGAAGCAGCGGGCGGAGGAGCGGAAGCGGGAGAACCUCCGCGCGACCUGGCGGCCCAAGUACUUCAUCCAGGAGGGUGACGCCUGGGUGUACUUCAAGCCCCUGUGGAAGGCACACUGA